GUGGAAGAAAGUGCAACUAAUGAAUUUUAUUUUUUAUAAUCAAGAAUAGAAGCUGCUAAAAUAUUCCAUUUUCUUGAAGAUCAUGUCAAUGAUUCUAUCACUACUGUUGUUGUUUAUCUUCAAGCUUUAAAUCGUUUGACCAGAAUCCAUUAUCCAGCUCACUAGGUGAGUUGGUAAGAGAAGAAAAAAAAGAUCAUUAUUGGUAUAUUUCCACUUUCCAACCAAAAAGCAAAAGCAAAAGAAAAACCAAAGUAAAGGAAAAAGGAUCAGUUUUUAUGGGACUGGUUUUCUUUUUCUCCUUAACUUGGUUGAUUGAUUCAAGGAAGUCUGUCGAACUCCAUCACACUCUUUUCAGUUCUAUGUUCAAUUAUCAUAGAUAUGGGUGUUGAUUUAAUGGAGAUAGGAGUUCAUUUGAGGAAGUUUUUGAUCCUUUCAAUAAGAAUUUCAUAUAGAUCUACACACAAACAUCCAUUGAUUGUGGGUUUUGUUUUAUUCUCUUUAUUAUUGUAUAGAUUUCUUCCUUUUCUGUUUGUUUUCUUGGUUUCUUCUUCUCCUGUUCUUGUUUGUACUUUUGCUCUUCUUGGUACUUUGUUGAAUUAUGGGCAACAUCCACAUGUACCCCAAAUAGAUGAAGAACAAGAAGAAGAUGAUGAAAAUACUAGAAAACAAACACACCAUGAUCAUGAAAUUUCUUCUCUCAAAACUGGCGUUUUUCCAAGUGAUCUUGUUGUUCAGAAAGAUGAUGAAGUAGCAGCAGUAGAAGAUGAUGAAGAAGAAGAAGAAGAAGAAGAAGAAGAAGAAGAAGAAAAGAAGGAUGCAGUCUUCUCAUUGAGUAGAGGAUUUGAUGAUGGGUUGAUCACUGAAAAGAUUAGUUUGAUUGACUCUACUCAUAUCCAGUACCAAUUGGUGGAAGAGGAGAGGGAAUUCUUUAAUCAAGAAAAGAGGGAAUUUUAUGAUGUCCAGAAGAGGGAGUUCCACGAAUUGAAACCGCUUAUCGAAGUUGAUUAUUCAGUCAAAGAUGAUGAUGUUCAAGAAGUUGCAUCCACUUCUUAUGCCAGAAGCACAGAUAUCGAGCCUCUCAUUAAUUUGGAGGAAGGUAAUCAUACUCAUGGGCUACUGCCACCAAAUUUGGGAGAAUCAUCUGGUUCUAAUCAAGAUUCUUUGUUACUGUGGAAGAAGAUUAAAGACCGUGACGAUGACGAUGACGAUGAUGAUGAAUCUUACAAUUCAGAUUCUGAUGGUGCAGAGAGUUCGUCUCCUGAUGCGUCAAUUACAGAUAUUAUGCCGAUGCUAGAUGAACUCCAUCCUUUACUUGAUGCUGAAACACCUCGUCGUGAUGCUCAUGUAUCGUCUUUAGAUGAUGAGUUUACUGCUGCUUCUGAUAGAUCCCACGGCUCGAAUGAUGAUCACGUUGAAUCAGGUGAGGAGGACGAGCACCAUGAAGAUGAAGAAGACGAUGAUGAAGAAGAAGAUGAAGAAGAAGGGCAGUCUGAGACCCCCGACGCUGAAGCUAAAGCUGUGCUAAAAUGGACUGAAGAUGAUGAAAAGAAUCUCAUGGAUCUUGGCAACUCUGAGCUGGAAAGAAAUCAGCGGUUGGAGAGUCUCAUCGCAAGACGAAGAGCUAGGAAGAACUUCAGAAUGAUUGAAUCAGAGAAGAAUAUGAUAGAUUUAGACUUCAGUGGACCGCCAUUUGAAAUUUCACCAAUUUCCACGGCGAGGCGCAACCCAUUUGAUCUUCACUAUGAUUCUUAUAUGGGACUUGGCUUACCUCCUAUGCCUGGUUCAGCUCCUUCUGUUAUGAUACCACGAAGAAAUCCCUUUGAUCUUCCUUAUGAUGACCCACUUGAAGAAAGACCUGAUUUAACUGGAGGCAACUUUGGCGAAGAGUUCAUGACUGCUCAUGAGAAGGAUAUGCACUACAGAAGGUGUGAGAGCUUCAACAUGGGAGCUUUUUUCUUUAACGAUCGCAGGCAAGACAAGCACCAUGUCAGUAAGUUCAGACCUUAUUUCGUAACUGAACAAAUGGCAUCAGAAGGGGUGGGAUAUUCAAGAUUUAGCAGACAGAUCAGUGAGGCAAGUGAGUCUAAGAUGAGUUUUGCUUCCGAGACUGAAUCACAUUCUACAAUUGCAAACCAGGAAGAUAUUAGUAGUCUUGUUGAAGAAAAAAUAUCAUCUCACCAGGAAGACAUUAGUAAUCUUGUUGAAGAGCAGCAAAUAUCAUCUCACGAACGCGAGCUCAGUCCUUCAGUUGAAGACACACCUGGUCGAAUGAAGCUAGAAAGUGAGCUCUGGAAAGAAGAUCAUUUGGAUUCAGAGAGUGAUAAAGAAGGUAAGGAUGAGGUCGAUUUAAUUAAGGUUGAGGAUGAAACUGAUGAAUCCAAAACUACCCAUGGAACGCAAUCAAGAUUCUAUUCCGAAUUUCUCGCUUUAGAAGAACACCUCACAAGCUAUGUUCAUGUGAACCAAGAAGUGGGCGAAGAGCAGCAUCACACAAGGUCCAGCUCCCUCUCAUCAUCCGGUGUUCGUGAAAAAAUCAAGGAGAAUAGCGAAGAUGAAGAGAGUUCUCAUGGAACACAGUCAAGUUAUGUUCAUGUCGAUCAAGAUAUGGGUGAACAUCAACAACACACCAGGUCAAACUCCCACUCAUCUUCAGAUAUGCAUGAAAAGAUCUUCGACGUGAAUGUAGACGAGGAGUUAUCAGGUCUGGAUCUAGCAAGAGGUGAAGUCCACGAGCACUCCUCCAGCUUCAUGCAAUCGACAGUUGUUGAUUCUGAUCCGGUUGAAGGAGAAGAUUAUAGACAUCCAGAGGCACCUGUUUAUGACUUGAGCCCAUCAGCGUCUAAAAGGAACAUGUCUGACAUGAUGAGUUUUGAAGAAACAGUGAGUUAUAAGGAUAACAUGGUUUUCGCUUCUACUUCUUCCGUGAGUUCUGACAUGCAUGUAGAGGUACCGGAACCCGUAGCAGUGGAAGGGAUCACUUUACUCGCAGAUAAGGAAGCUUCAGUGCAGAUUGGUAGCCCUAGAAAAUUGAUGACCCCGGGGUAUGAAAAAUCAUGGGAACCCUCAGCAGAGCUCUGUGUGAUCGACGAGAAUGAACCUGAAAAAGAGGGUUUACCGUGUGAAGAAGCAAGUUUUCCUUCAUCGAGUUUCCAUCCAAAGAUAGCUGCUGAAGUUCUCCAAUCUGAUAAGGAUGAAAAGGUUGAUACCUUGGACUUACCAUAUUCAGAUGAGAUGUCAUCUCGAGAUAUAGCUUUGUCUGAGUUAAAGGAUCAACUGGUCCAGCCAUCAUCCAGUGUCCAUCAAGAAAAUUCUGAGGGAAUAUCUAUCCUUUCUGAUAUUUCGGCAAUGGAAGACGGUGCCAUUCAGGAAGUUGGUGGGCCACUGGUCGAUGAGCACCAAGAAGAUGAUGUCUCAAACCUCCCCACCUUCCUUUCUGCUCCUACUUCUCCCCCGUCUGAGUUUGUUCAGGAGGUUGGUGGGCCAGUGGUCGGUGAGCACCAAGAAGAUGAUCUCUCAAACCUCCCUACCUUGCUUCCAGCUCCAACUUCUCCCCCGUCUGAGUUUGUCGGUUAUCAACAACAUCAAAUGGUUUUUGAAGAUGACUCCCCCGAUGGAACUCAAUAUGAAAGUAAAUUUGAUUUCAAUCAAGAAUCAAUCGGGUAUCAUGAAGCAAACGAAGAAUUUGACAAUGAGGAGCCGGCCGGAAUUGAAGAGAUCGACGAAGAAUUUCUGACCGAACUUGAUGCAGUUGGUGACUUCAGUUUUGAAGAGAAGACAACCGAUGCUAACCAACAUUAUGAACAUUUGGGAACCAAUGAAUAUGAGACACUUGCAGGCUUACAAGUUCUUGAAUCCAAGUCCAGCAGCGAAGGGGCUGAAGACAAAUUUGAGGCACUCAGACCUGCGAGUGUUGAUGAUAUUGACUCUGGAUUUGAGCAGUUUCCUGAGAGGGUAACGGAGGAAAUUGAAGUUUUAUCUGCUGAAUCUAUUAAACAACCCCAUAUUGAGCCAAUAUCGGAGUUAAGAGAAGAUGAGAAUGCUGAGUUUGAACUCAACAUCAAAGACAAAAGCUUAACAGAUCUUAAUUUGGAGCUGCCAGUUCUUGAAGCAAGAUCUAUUGAAGAUAUUGAUUCUGCAUUCAGGCAUCUUCGUGAGAAAGAAGCCGAGAAAUCUUUUGUUCUUGAUCCGGAAUUCGAAGAAUCUGUCUUGGAGGAAGCUGAAGUCGAGUCUACCGAGUCUUGUAAGCAGCGUGAUGAGACACAAACAGAGGGAAUACAAAGUGAGCAUGUUGAGUUUGAAUUGCCUACCCAAGAACAGAUUCUAACAAGCGCUAGUAUGGAUUUCACAGUUCUUGAAGCAAGAUCUCUUGAAGAUAUUGAUUCUGCCUUUAAGCAACUUCAAGAGGGAGAAGCUAAAAAGUCCGUUCUUCCCGAAAUCCUUGAUGACUCUCUCCAGGAAGAAGCUAAACAUGAACCUGCUCGUUCUUCUAAGGAACCCGACCAUGAGCCAAUCUUGAAGGGAACAGAAGAUGAGCAAGCUGUCUUUGCAUUACCCGCAGAAGAACCAUGGCUGACAAAUAGCAAUUUGGAGUCCCCGAUUCUUGAAGCAAGGUCUUUUGAAGAUUUUGAUGCUGUUUUGGAGCAACUCCACGAGGGAGAGGACGCGGGGACAUCUAUUGUUGAUGAACCAGUACUGAAGGAAUCUAAAGUAGCAUCGUCAGAGUCUUUUGACCAUGUGCUUGAGGAUCCAAUCUUGAAGGCAAUGGAAGAUGAGCAAGCUGUCUCUACACUAUUUGUGGUAGAACCCGAGCUGAUAAAGAGCGAUUUGGAGUCCCCAAUUCUUGAAGCGAGGUCUUCUGAAGAUAUUGAUGCUGUUUUGGAGCAGCUUCAUGAAGGAGACGACGCGGAGACAUCUAUUGUUGAUGAACCAGUACUGCAGGAAUCUGUAGUAGCAUCUGAUGAGUCUUUCAAACAUGUACUUGAUGAGCCACUGCUGACGGAAGCAGAAGAUGGGCAGGGUGAACUGACACUGCACACACAAGAGCGACAUCUGUCAGAUACUGACUUGGAGCAUCUAGUUAUUGAAGCAAGAUCUGUUGGAAAUGUUGAUGCUGUGUUGGAGCAGAUCCACGAUAACUUCGAGACAUUUAUUAUUGAUGAACCAGAAUUGAAGGAAUCCGCAGUAGUAUCUACGAAGUCUUUGGAUCAUGUGCUUGAUGAGCCACUGCUGAUGGAAACGGAAGAUGGACUGGGUGAGUUGAAACUGCAGACACAAGAGCAACAUAUGGCAGAAAUCGAUUUGGAGCUUCCAGUUAUUGAAGCAAAGUCUGUUGAAGAUCUUAAUGCUGUCUUGAAGCAGCUUCACGAGGGAGACAACUCGGAAGCAUCUAUUGUUAAUAAACCAGUAUUCAAGGAAUCUACAGCUUCUGACCACAUGCUUGAUGAGCCACUACUGAUAGAAACAAAAGAUGAGCUGGGUGAGUUGACACCGUACACACAAGAGCGACAUCUUGCAGAAACCGAUCUGGAGCUUCCAGUUAUUGAAGCAAGAUUCAUUGAAGAUGUUGAUGCUGUCUUGAAGCAACUCCACAAGGGAGAUAACUCGGAGACAUUUAUAGCUAAUGAACCAGAAUUGAAGGGAUCUGCAGUACCAUCAGCCGAGUCUUUUGACCAUAUGCUUGAUGACCCACUGCUGCUGGAAACAAAAGAUAUGCAGGGUGAGUUGACACUGCAUACACAGGAGCAACAUCUGACAGAAACCGACUUGGAGCUUCCAGUUAUUGAAGCAAGAUCUAUUGAAGAUGUUGAUGCUGUCUUGAAGCAGCUCCGCGGAGGAGAUAAUUCGGAGGCAUUGAUUCUUAAUAAACCAGUGUCGGAGGAAUCUACAGUAGCAUGCGCCAAAUCUUCUGACCAUGGGCUUGAUGAGCCACAGUUGAUGGAAACAGAAGAUGGGCAGGGUGAGUUGACACAUCUAAAACUAGAGUGAAGAUUGUUACUUUGAUCGUCCGAUUUCACAAUUGGAAUCCCUUAUUUGGGCUCCAGUGUAGUUUCAGACCUAUUAAUUUUUGUUUUGUUCAUGUCUGACGACUGCCUGUAUUUUGGCUAGUGGUUAGGCAUGGGUGAAUGGUUUUUAAGCGCUGCCUCAUAAUGGGGUUUUGGUGCUCUGUUUGGUUAUUGUGUUGUGUUUGUUUGGGUUGUAAUAUCACCUUCUUGGUGAUAGUUUAUUUCUAGUUUUGAUUGCUGUCAUGGUGAUAGUUAUACCUUUGAUUGGUCUCUUCAAGGACAUUUUUUGUGAAGUUCCUUGAAAGAGUACAAAAAUCUGUAACUUUUUGCUCAUUUUUUCCCCCUCCAUUUAGGCUUUCGGGAAAAAUAUACCUCAAUAUAUUCCUAGUGUAUAAUAUUCAAGUCA